AUGUGUAGAAGAUUUCGAAGAAUUCGAAGACUUGCUCACCAAGUUGUACAGGUGACAAGAAGAUUAUGGCGUGUGUGCGGAUGUUGUGGAACGGUUAACGAAGAGUUCCAAAGAGACAUUGUGCCUAUGACUUCCGUGAUCAACGGGGCGGUGACCAAAAGGUCUUCAGCGAACAACCCAGAGGUCUUUCCCUUAGGACUGUGCUGUUUCAUACCACAAGGCAGGUACCUCAUGUACGAAAAUGAAGGUGUCCACAGCUGCCCAUCGGUGCAAGCAUCUGUAAACAAACAAUCCUCGAGAACUGACUGGAACCAUCCUGAGACUAGGCUCGCCACAUGUGAUGCAUCUAAAUCGGGACCUGGCGAAACGGUCCAAGAUGGAAUAAACAAUGGCCAAGUGUACGCUAGUCCAACCAAAGAUGGAAUAAACAAUGGCCAAGUGUACGCUAGUCCAACCAAAGAUGGAAUAAACAAUGGCCAAGUGUACGCUAGUCCAACCAAAGGACAACAAAUUCUACCGAGGUCGGGAAAGGAAUACCAGAAUUUCAAGACUGAUGUGAAUGAGGGUGAGACAAAUGGAUCAGGUAAGACAUCAUCCAUGGUAUCUAAACGUACCCUCUACGCAAACAGCAGCAACACCGGCCAAACUGAUGAUUUUGUAGCCAUGAGGUUGUACAAACUCCUCACUCCAGUUCAUACCAACACUACAUCUGAAAACAAGGAUGCGACGGAGCAACUCAUCCCACGUCAAGAGGACAGUAUCCCUAAUCAGAUAGAUGAUCAGGUAUCAAUAAGAGUUUACCCUAAGCCAUCAUAUUUACCCAGAUGUUCAACAUCACCUGAAAAUAGAAAUAACAGAGAAACUAACCAAACAGAUGAUCACGUGCCCAUGAUAUUUUAUGGUCGGGAUUCACCUACACCUAAUCCAAAGUUACAUGGUAUAUUGCAUAAUAAGGAUCAACAUCAUAGCACCAAUCAGUCUCAUGAGAAUUCCGUAUCUCGACCGAAACGAACCGUUCACUUCGAGCCCACAGUGCGCCGAAUAUUGUACACCCCUAUCCCAUGGAGUGAAUAUUUACAACAACCUGAAGUGCGACCACCCAUCAACAUGAACUCACAGACUGUUUGUUUUGGUCGCCGUCGAUCAGGAAAUCUCAUCUUGGAGUUUGCCAGAGAACAACUCUGGAAUUUUAUCUGUCCCUCCAAGUUGCCACUUGAAGAAAGAUUAUACAGCUCACCAACUAGCUGCGUUGAUUUGGUAAUGGUUGGAGAAAAGAACAGGGAAAUCGCCAUAAAAACCAUGACCAUGGCCGAGAGCGAUCUGGAAUCUACUCUUCUCAUUGAAUGUCAGUGUUCUCGUGUGGUACAGUUGUGUGCGUGUUACGUCCAGGGUGGUAUGAGGUAUUUGUGCAUGCAGUAUUACGAGAGAAGAGAUCUGUCUGUUUGGCUAGCUAAGGACAGAAGAAAGUGUUAUAUCAGAGAAGAGGCAGCAACGUUGAUUUGUGCCUACGUUCUGGCCGGUUUGGAGUUUCUUCACUCCAAGAACAUUCUCCACUUGAACGUUCAGCCUAGUAACAUUCUCAUCGAUGGUGGAGGUUUCCCAGUUCUGACCGAUUUUGGCAAAGCUCAGAGGAGACUGAUGAGACAACCGCUGGAGUGCCCGGGCAGACUGGACGAUAUGCGGGGUUUGGCCUGUGUCCUGUACGAGUCUGUCACCCGCAUAGUGCCCCCGUCUGAGGACAACAUCUCAUCGGAUCUGAACCUCUCCAUGCUGACAGAAGCCGCCAGCAACUUCGUCGGUUUUCAUCUGACGUGUCCUCGACGGGAAAGGAGAAAGAUGAAGCACCGCUGUGAUCACGUGAUGGGUCACAAUCUCUUCUCCAUGAUCGACUGGAAUGAAGUGAAGAACAGCAGCACAUGCCGCCUUAACAAGUUGUUCAGCAAAAUGGAGCGUGAUGAAUGGAUGGCCAGGAACACGCCCGACAUGCUGCCGGGGAACCCAUUUCUACCAGCAAAUAAUGCAAAUGUGGCAACACCAUCCAGUGAAACACCAUCUACGUCGGCGGAAACGCCAACAGAAUCGUCUGAUUCACUGACACAGUUCACUGAAACACCAACACAAUCGGCUUAA